UACAAUUUUACAUUGAUUCGACUUACGCAUGAGUUCCUGAUUUGUAUCUAAACGUGUUAGAUCUACAUAAACAUAAUUUUUAGGUAGAAAUAUUAACAACGUCCACACUUAAUAACAUAAUAUUUUCUUGAAGUCGUAAAAAUCUUAGAUCUGAAAAAAUUGGGUAGAAUUUUGGUGGAAUUAAUCACAAUGAACGAUAGUAAAUCCGAUGAUUCUGAAAAUAUAUUUCAAGAUUUGGAUGUUGAUAAGUUAGAAGUCAAUGUAGUAGAAAGUCUAUGUUUCGAAUGCGGUAAAAAUGGAACUACACGACUUUUGCUGACACGUAUACCAUUCUACAAAGAAUUAGUGAUAUCUUCAUUUGAAUGUCCUCAUUGUGAUUACAAAAAUAACCAACUAGAUCCAGCUAUAGAAAUAAAACCUCAAGGUGUGCAUUUAAACUUAAAUAUUGAGCAAAAAGUUGAUUUGGACAGGUAUGUAAUUACAACAGAUUAUACUUGUAUACGCAUACCAGAGUUGGAUUUUGAAAUACCUCCUCAAUCACAAAGAGCACAAGUUACUACAGUAGAAGGUAUAAUAGAUAAAAUUGUAGAAAAUUUAAGUCUUUCAAAGGAGCAGUUGAUGGAAACACAUGCUGAACUUUCCUCAAAAAUAAAUGUAGUAAUUGAUAGCAUAAAUAACAUUAAAACACUUAAUAAACCAACUUUAAUGAUUUUUGAAGAUGCAACAGGUAACAUAUUUAUUUCUAAUCCAAUUGCUCCUCAAGCUGAUCCUAGAAUGCAUUCCAAUUUCUUUAUACGUAGUAAAGAUCAAAAUAUCAUGAUAGGAUUAUCUACAGAAGAUAGCCAAGAAUCAAUGAUUAAACCUUUAGGUAGUUUCAAUGAUGCUUCUGUUGCGAACAUAACUGAUGAAAUUGUACAAUUUAAUGUACCAUGCCCAAAUUGUAAUAAAAGCUGUGAUACAAAUAUGAAGGUGACUGAUAUUCCCUACUUUAAACAAGUGGUUAUAAUGGCAACAACAUGUGAUGAAUGUGGUUAUAGAACUAAUGAAGUUAAACCAGGUGGUGGAAUCGAAGACCAAGGAACUUUAAUUACAGUAAAAGUUUCAACUCCUGAAGAUUUAAACAGAGAUAUAUUAAAAUCUGAAACUUGUGAACUUCUUAUUCCUGAAUUGGAGUUUGAAGCUGGAGCCCUUUCACUGAGUGGUCGUUUUACUACAAUUGAAGGCUUAUUGACUUCAUUACAAGAACAAUUGAGUAAUACUGCUUCAACUUUUUAUAAGGGUGAUAGUCAAACUGGAGAAGUAGCUACUAAAACUGAACAUUUCUUAAAUGAAUUAGAAAAAGUUAAAAAAUGCCAACGAUCAAUAGAAAUUGUAUUAAGAGAUCCUGCUGGAAAUAGUUAUGUUCAAAGUUUAACUCCUCCAAUGUUAGACUCGAAAUUGACUAUAAAAAAAUUUGACCGAACUGAAGAACAGAAUGAAGAGCUUGGACUUAAUGAUAUGAAAGUAGAUGGUUAUGAAGAUAAAUCAUAAAAUUUACAUAAAAAUAAAAAUUUAUUAUUAAAUACUAUUUGUUAAGAUUUUGUUUGAAUAAAAAUUUUCAAUGAUUA